CGCGAAUUCUCUCUCUCUCAUCAUUUUUUUUAAAUUCUCGCUCCUCUCUCUCUCUUACGUUAUUUGUUUCAUUUUUCUUUUUCCAUUUUUCAUUUUUUUUUCCAUUUUUCAUUUCUCUCUCUAGCCUCAUGAAAGCGAAAUCGAACUGCCCGAAACAAAAAUAUUAACGAGUCUAAGAAAACGGAUCCCAAACAAUAACUGAACCCUAACCCUAGAAAACGGGGCUUAUCCUCUUCUUCCUUUUUCCGUUCGUUCAUUCACUCCCAAACCGAAUUUAACUUCGAUUGCGUUUCUCACUUUCUCUCUACUCCUACACGUUUUCGCGAUAGGGUUUCAAUUUCUAUAAUGGAAUGCUUUCGUUCAUCUGCACUUUGUUAUUGCCGGCGAUGACCGGGGAGCGAUGUUACCGCCGGAAGAAUAUGGUGGAAGAAGCCUCUGCUGCCGCCGCCGUCGUCGAGGAGAGGCCCACACCGGGAAGUUUCCCCGCCGCUUUGGAAAUUGAUUACUUCUCCCAGGCGAGGAAAGCCUUAAGCGAGCGUUCUCCUUUCGAUGUUGCUGAGGAGACGUCGACUUCUGCUGCUGUUACUCUGCCGAGUGGGUUAGCAAGUUUGUUGAGCCGCCUUGGGGAUAACCGGAAGCGUCAGAAGAAGUCCCAUUCCGGUGGCGGUGAUAAAAAGAAGAAAUCCUCUAGAGCGGGGGAAAAGUUGCGCGGUUUUGAUGUUUGGGUUGAGACGGAGGAGUGUUUUAGGGACUUGAAUUUGUCUGAUAUUGACACGUUAUUGGAGGCUUCUACUUCUUAUAGUUUAGCUUCUCGCCAGUGUUAUACAAUUCCGCAUUUGGGAAAUUCUCCAAGGUUUAAAGUAGUUAGUAGUGAGGAUGAGAAGAAGCCUGCUCCAUUAUUCAAUGUAGUUAGUAGUGAGAAUGAGAAGAAUGUCAUUGAAGAGGUGAACAACGAGAAUGGUUUCUUGGGAAUUGAGUUAAGUGACGUAGUUGAAUUGGAAAAAGCUUUGCCUAAUGAUGACAAGAAUUGUGACGCUUCUGAUUCCCGUGAUAGUUUAGAGUGGUUUUUAGGUAGUAGGAAUAGGAUUUUUUUAGCUUCCGAGCGUCCAUCCAAGAAAAGGAAGCUUUUGGGUGGUGAUGCUGGUUUGGAGAAAGUUUUAAUGACUAGUUCUUGUGAUGGGGACCAACCUUGUUGUCAUUAUUGUGGUAGAGGAGAUUCUGGCACGAAUUCCAACAGGUUAAUAGUCUGCUCUUCUUGUAAAGCCGCAGUUCAUUGGAAGUGCUAUGGUAUACAAGAUGAUGUAGAUGAGUCUUGGUUGUGCUCUUGGUGUAAGCAAAAGGGUGAUGUUGAUAAUUCGGUGAGUUCAUGUGUUCUUUGCUCAAAGAAGGGCGGCGCAUUAAAACCAGUUAGUGGUGUUGAUGAAGGAGUUGAGUCUUCCCAGUUUGUGCACCUGUAUUGUUGUCUGUGGAUGCCAGAGGUUUACAUUGAUGAUUUGAAGAAGAUGGAGCCUGUUAUGAAUGUGGAAGGCAUCAAGGAAACCAGAAGAAAAUUGGUGUGUAGUGUUUGCAAAUUGAAAUCCGGUGCAUGUGUUCGGUGCAGUCAUGGAUCCUGCAGAACUUCUUUCCAUCCUUUAUGUGCAAGGGAAGCUAGACAUAGAAUGGAGGUUUGGGCAAAGUACGGUAAUGAUAAUAUUGAGUUGCGGGCUUUUUGCUUGAAACACUCAGAUCUACAAGAGAACAGAAGCAUCUUGCCAUUGGGAGGCUCUAUUGCAGUUGGCAACGAAUUUCCAAAAGCUAAUGACCUCCCAGUGACAUUGCCAGUAAAAAGCGAACACAAUGUAAAAAUUGGUUGUAGCAAUGGAGGGUUGGAGUCUGAUACCAAUCCAGACACGUUGAACCAUAAUGAUCAACCUCCUGACGGCGGAUUGUCUGUCUGUACAGUUAGUGCUCAAAAUAUGUUGGGAUGUGGCGCUGCGCCACCACAUAAUAUUGGGGUGGAAGGGAGAACCAAUGAGAAUGUUAAUGCCUCUGAUUCCCCCAGUUUUGCACUUGUUUUGAAAAAGUUGAUAGAGAGAGGGAAAGUUGAUGUGAACAAUGUAGCAUUGGAGAUUGGCAUUUCACCAGAUACAUUAACUGCAAAUAUCAAUUUGCAGGAAGGUUAUAUGGCCCCUGAUGUGCAACACAAAAUAGUCAAUUGGCUAAAAGCCCAUGUGUAUACUGGGGCAUUUCACAAAGGUUUAAAAGCCAAAAUCAAACCAGCCAAUGUAUCUCUGGAUGGAAGUGGAGCUUCAGACGGUUCUGAUACUUCACCGUUAUCUGAUUCAGGCUUGCCGAAUCCGGUUGCUGUUAAUGUUAAGUCUGUACCACCAAGGAGAAGAACUAUCAGUAACAUUAGGAUUUUGAAGGAUAAUAAAGUGAUAUGUUCAUCGGAGGGGGUUACUACUAGUGAGAAUGGCGUAUCAAUUGAUAAGUUCCUAAUUCCUGAGUGUGAAAAUCCAGGAAUUUCCAACAAAGCGUCAAUUUCUGAUACCACUGAAACUGAAACUGAAACUGAAACGAAUAUAAUAAAGUCUGAUGAUAUAUUUCAUGGGGUUCAAGGUAAUGCUGAUGAGCCUUACAAACCCAGCUUAUCUUUAUGCGUUCCAGAACAAAAGUCUACUAAUUUGCAGAAUGCUUCCAUGCUUUCUGAUCUGCACUAUCCAUCUCAUUCUGCUUCAGAACCACCCGAUCCUUGUUCCAUGAAAAUGGAAGCAAUCUCUAGUUACAUUCACCCAUACAUUAACAAGAAAUUGCUUCAGAUUCAUGAUUGCUUGGUUCCGAAGGAUCUUAUAGGUUUAAGUGGCUACAGAAAUUCUUUGGUUGAAUCCUCUGUAGCUAAUAGCUUCUCAAAUAGGGAAAGUCAGCAAUUAAUUUGCACCGAUGUUUACCAGCCCGAUCAAGUAAAAAUAGAGCAGUUGGUUAAGGAUAAAAAUUUGCAACUUUUGGAAUUUUAUUCAGAAGAUGAGUUGGAGACGGAACUUUUAUAUUUUCAGCAUAGACUGCUGCAGAGAUCAGUUGCAAAAAAGAGCCUUACUGAAAACUUGGUCUACAAUGUUGCAAAGGAUUUGCCUCAGGAGAUUGAUAAAACACAUCAACAAAGAUGGGAUGCUGUGAUUGCUAAUCAGUAUCUGCUUGAUCUUAGGGAGGCAAAGAAACUGGGUAGAAAAGAAAAAAAGCACAAGGAAGCGCAGGCAGUGUUGGCUGCUGCAACUGCAGCAGCUGCAGCAUCUUCCAGGGUUUCUUCUUUUCGUAAAGAUACCAUUGAUGAAUCUGUGCAACACGAGAAUUCAUUUAAGUUGGAUGCUUUAAGCGGGCGGACUGGUGCAUGUUCUCAGCCAAUGCCACGUGCUAAAGAGACUCUUUCGAGAGUUGCUGUCACUAGAGCUUCAUCAGAAAAAUAUUCGGAUUUUUCUCUGCCAAGCUCAGAAUUUUCUAAGGAGCAACAUAAAUCAUGUGAUAUCUGCAGACGGUUUGAGAAUAUGUUAAAUCCUAUCCUAGUCUGUUCUGGUUGCAAGGUUGUGGUGCACUCUGUUUGCUAUCGUAGUGUGAAAGAAACAACAGGUCCAUGGUUCUGUGAGCUGUGUGAAGACUUGUCCAAAAGUUCUGGGGCAUCUGCUAUAAAUAGCUGGGAGAAGCCUUAUUUUAUUGCAGAAUGUGCUCUCUGUGGCGGUACUACCGGUGCUUUUAGGAAAUCUUCUGAUGGUCAAUGGGUUCAUGCCUUCUGUGCUGAGUGGCUUUUUGAGUCUACAUUCAGAAGAGGACAAAUAGAUGCAAUUGAAGGAAUGGAGACUGUGCGAAAAGGAGUUGAUAUUUGUUGCGUCUGCCACCGCAGACAUGGUGUUUGUAUGAAGUGUUGUUAUGGCCAUUGCCUGACCACAUUCCAUCCAUCCUGUGCUAGAAGUGCUGGUUUGUUCAUGAUUGUGAGGACUGCUGGGGGCAAGAUGCAACACAAGGCUUACUGUGAAAAGCAUAGUUUGGAGCAGAAAACAAAGGCUGAAAUUCCAAAGCAUGGAGUUGAAGAAUUAAAAAGUAUCAAGCAAAUUAGGGUUGAACUUGAGAGAUUACGGCUCCUUUGUGAAAGAAUUGUCAAACGGGAAAAGAUAAAGCGGGAGUUGGUUCUAUGCUCACAUGACAUACUUGCCUUUAAAAGAGAUCAUAUUGCUAGGUCUGUGCUUGUUCAGAGUCCUUUCAUUCUUCCAGAUGGUAGUUCAGAAUCAGCUACAACAUCCCUUAAAGCCACCACAGAGGGAUACAGAUCAUGCAGUGAAGCGCUCCAAAGAUCAGAUGAUGUAACUGUGGAUAGUUCAGUUUCUGCUAAGCACCGUGUCAGAGUUGCCGUAUCCAUGGACACAGACCCAAAAUUGGAUGAUGACUGCUCAACCUCACAAAGUCAAUAUAACCACAAGAUUCCAGAGAAGAUGCAAUUUUCUGGCAAACAGAUUCCUCGUAGAGCUUCUGCUACAUCACGCAAUAUCUCGGAGGAGGAUGUAUGGAGAACCAAAUCUCGAAAGUUACAGACUACUGAAACCUUUGGAAAAGAGCUUGUUAUGACGUCAGAUGAAGCAUCUAUGAAGAAUUCAAGGCUACCUAAAGGAUAUGCAUAUGUUCCCGCAGAUUGCCUUUCAAAUGACAAGCAGUCUAAUGAAGAUGUAUAUGCUACUGGACCAGGGGAACAUGACAGAUAGAGCGACAAAUCCCAACCUGGUCAGUCUGGUUUUUUAUCUCACCCACGAGGCUGACAUCCACAAUAUACGAUGCCAUGCCAUUUUGCACGGGGAAUUUUAUGAGUAUGGCAAAAUGUAGGAACAAGACUCUGGUACUGAAUUGUUGCAGAACACUGCAUUUUGCUCUGGCGAGGAAGUUUUGUUAACAUUGUUGUACAUUCAUUGUGAUAGUAUGCUGUAUAGUGGAUGAGCAUUUAUUGCAUUUACUUGUGUUUGGAAGGGUGUGCAUUGAAACAAAAGCAUUCUCACUUGUAAACCAUACUAGGGAAGAUAUGUAAAGUUGAUGUACAUAUUUUACAGUCGCAUUUAUGCUGAAAGGCAUCAUAUUGCUGGCACCAUAUUGUACCGAGCAUAUUAUGUAACCUCAUAAUUUUUCCCCUUCCCUGUACUGCAUUCUACUAAUUGAUCUUAACGCCGAUUGUUAUUUGUAAUAAUUUUGACUGUAUUUUUAUGUAGUUAAUGGUAAGCGUACAACAAUAAGCAUUUGAGCUCAUUGAGUUGCUCAACCAUUUGGCAUUAA